GCCGAUAACACGUCCGUUAGCGGUCGGGCCAUGCACGAUUAUAAGGUCCAGUGGGUUGAAGUGCAGGUAACUUGAUCCUUGCGAAGUUCACCGGCCACCCAUGCUCUCCCUCGGUCUCGUCGUCCUCAGUGCUGCUCUCGCUACUCAUGCGAGCUGGUCUCAGCUUGCUCUUCCUCGUACUUACCCUAACAUCUCGCAAUGUGUUGACCUUCCCGUCCAGUACUCGUGCGAGAACACGACGGCAUUUGCUAGCUCUUGCUGCAACGUUGUACAAGGUGGUUUAGUUUUGCAGACGCAAUUCUGGAGCACAUACACUGGCCUUGAGAGGGAGGGUCAACUUCUUCCUGCCGGAAGCUGGACCAUUCAUGGACUUUGGCCAGACAACUGUGAUGGAUCGUACGACCAGUACUGUGACCUCUCGAGACAGUAUGACCCAAGCCCGGACCCUAGCAAGCUCCCUGAUGGUACUCCUGUACCUCCCUACAAAGGCCCUGGCGUACAGACCUUCAUUGAAGAAUUCGGUCGCGUGGAUCUUCUCGGGUAUAUGAACACGUUCUGGAUCAACCAGGGAGCACCGAAUGAAGAUUUCUGGGCUCACGAAUUCUCAAAGCAUGCUACCUGCACGUCCACCUUCGACACUGCUUGCUACGGAUCAGAUUAUAAGGAGCACAUGGAGGUUGUCAACUUCUAUGAGACGGUGACCAAGGUCUUCCAGAUGUAUCCAACAUACAAUAUGUUCGCUGCAUCAGGAGUUCUGCCGUCCAAUAAGACGACCUAUAGUCUUACUCAGCUGCAGAGCGCCCUCCGUUCCCAAACAGGGGCCACUCCUUACGUUGGGUGCUCUGGGAAUGGAACUGUCCUCGAUGAGGUCUGGUACUUCCACCACGUUCUUGGCACGGAACAAUACGGCCACUUCAAGACUCUACACAGCACGACGAACUCGACUUGCAACGAGAGCGGCAUCUGGUACUACGAGCGUACUCCUACGUCCGAACGCCCGGUUUCCUAUUAAAGGUCACUAGGGCGUGAUGAGUGCUGCAGCAUCAGCUAUCUUUACCAAAAGCUAGUAUGCCCUUUAUACCACAUACAUAAUGCACAGACUGGGGCCAGUACCAGUGGUCGAUCUGCGUGGGGCUGAAUAAAGACUCGAUAAUCU